AAUAAAAAGGCGUAAAGCCAUCGCCUCUCUUUCCCCAUCGCUGCACGCUUCGGCGCCCGGCGCCCACCUCCCCCCGCCACUUUGCCGACGGCAGGUGGAGUCGAGCCGGAGGAGCCGCCGCCGCGGAAGUAGUGGGUGGAGGGGCAGCCAUGGGGCACGGCGUGAGCUGCGCCCGCACCGGCGACGAGCACGACUACUUCCGCGCAGCGCAGCUCGGGGACCUCGAUGCCCUGGACGCGCUCCUCGACGCCGACCCCUCCCUCGCCCGCCGCUCCACGCUCUACGACCGCCUCUCGGCCCUUCACAUCGCCGCCGCCAAUGGCCAACUCGAGGUGCUGUCCAUGAUCUUGGAUCACGGGGUGCAACCGGACGCGUUGAAUCGGCACAAGCAGACUCCGCUGGUGCUCGCGGCUAUGCACGGCAAGAUCGACUGCGUGCUCAAGCUCCUCCAGGCCGGCGCCAAUAUCUUGAUGUUCGAUUCCGUGCACGCGCGGACCUGCCUGCACCACGCGGCGUACUUCGGCCAUGUUGACUGCCUGCAGGCCAUCCUCUCGGCGGCGCAGACCACGCCGGUUGCCGACUCAUGGGGUUUCGCCCGGUUCGUCAACGUCAGGGACGACCACGGUGCGACUCCGCUGCAUCUCGCGGCCAGGCAGGGCCGGCCUGGGUGCGUGCAGGUGUUGCUGGAGAACGGCGCCAUUGUGUCAGCUUUGACCGGCUCAUACGGCUUCCCUGGUAGCACAUCAUUGCAUUUGGCGGCUCGAAGCGGGAGCCUGGAUUGCAUCCGGAAACUGCUCGCAUGGGGAGCUGAUCGUCUCCAAAGGGACUCAGCAGGGAGAAUUCCCUAUGCUGUUGCACUGAAGCGCAACCAUGGAGCAUGUGCGGCUUUGCUAAACCCUUCAUCGGCAGAGCCCAUGGUAUGGCCUUCCCCGCUUAAGUUCAUCAGCGAGCUCGAUCCGGACGCAAAGGCUCUCCUGGAAGCAGCCCUGAUGGAAGCCAACAGGGAGAGGGAGAAGAAGGUCUUGAAUGGCACAAAGUACUCCCUGCCGUCACCUUCGCAUUACGAUGAAAAUGCCGCUGUUGUUGACGACGCAUCCUCAGAGGUGAGCGACACGGAUCUCUGCUGCAUCUGCUUCGACCAGGCUUGCAGCAUUGAGGUGCAAGACUGUGGGCACCAGAUGUGCGCGCCGUGCACACUGGCUCUGUGCUGCCACAGCAAGCCCAACCCAACGACCCUGACCCUGCCCUCACCGGCCUGCCCGUUCUGCCGCGGCAGCAUCUCGCGGCUGCUGGUGGCCGGAACCAACAACACUACCAGUGAUCUGGAAAAGCCAGCUUCCCCGCAGCUCACUCGAAGGCGGUCUCGGCGGUCUCACAACCUCAGUGAGGGGAGCAGCAGCUUCAAAGGUCUCUCUUCGGCCAUGGGCUCCUUCUCAAAGAUCGGCCGGGGCUCAAGCCGGAUGGUCGACAGCGACAGUGGCAGCCUUGACAAGCCUGAGCACGAUCUGUGAAACAGAAUGCCAGCAGGAAGCUGAAGCAGCCAUCAUCGGCUUUCCAAGAGAAGAUGGAAACCCAAGCACGUGUUGGAGCUUUCAGGGUGAUCCAAGGAAGUUAUAGAUAGGAGCUAAAUAAGUAGUCUUUCUCUCUUCCAAUGUCUCUGUCUGUCUGUCUGCCCUAUUUUUUGGCUUGCCAGGAUUCGCCUGUCUGUAUUAUUGUCACCAGUUAUAGAUUCAUCGGGCAUAUAUGCUCAAGCAAGCUAUAGCCGUAGUACUCAA